ACCUGCUUAUUAUGUUUUCUGCUGCCACUAAGAACUUUGUUAAACAAGUAGGAGAUGGCGGGAGGUUGAUUCCGGUGCCCAGCCUCAGUGAAGCAGACAAAUACCAGCCAUUGGGCCUUGUGAUAAAGAAGAAGCGCUGUUUUCUUUCCCGAAAGUACAAAUACAUCUCAACCCCUUUUACACUGAAGGAUAUUCUUCAUGGAGACAAAGAAAUUUCUGCAGGUGUAAGUUCCUACCAGCUGCUGAACUACGAAGAUAAGUCAGAUGUCUCUUUCGACAAGAGGCAUGGGAAUCAGAUCAUGAAUGAUGUUGGGAUAAAUAUCUAUGGCUCUGAUUCUGUCGCUGUUAAAGCUUCCUUUGGGAUUGUAACCAAACAUGAAGUUGAAGUCCCGACUUUGCUUAAGGAACUUAUUACCAGAACUAUUGACCUGGAUCAUUGCUUGGUUCGUCAAUCAAGAGAAAAUAGGAAGGAAGUGCUAUGUGUGGUCAUGGAGAGCAUACGGACAACACGUCAGUGUUCGUUAUCUGUCCAUACUGGUAUGCGGGGAGAAACCAUGAGAUUUCAUAUAAUCGACGACCAAAACCACAAAGGACGCGACAAAGCGAUUGUAUUCCCAGCACAUACCACCAUAGCGUUUAGUAUAUUUGAUCUGUACAUUCACCUGGAUGGUCACUUUGAGCUGUGUGUGUCAUCUGCUUCAAAGGGAGGGUUUGAGAAACAACCCAGUAGAUGUAGAUCCUUUUCAUUAAACGCGCUACGGAACAACUUGUACCGAUCAGGAAAAAGAACAAUGGACGUCAUUGCUAACUCAGACUUGUACAUCGAUGACAUAUUCUCAGAUUACUAUGACAAAGCUGCCAGCAUGACCGAUAUCUCCACCACGUACAUGCGGGAAGGUGCCCACACUCGUGUUAACCUCCUGAACAAUAACAUUCCCAAGGGGCCAUGCGCUCUGUGUGGCAUGGGCAACUCCAAGAGAGAAACGGUGUACGGCUGCUUCGAGUGCUCAUUCAACGGACAGAAGUACGUCAGGCUGCACGCUGUGCCGUGCUUUGACCUCUGGCAUAAAAGACUGAAGUAAGAGUUGGAAGCGAAGCAAUUGUGCCCCUUGGUUAUAUCUCAGGUGUAACUGUGCCACAGUCCUUACCACAUAUAUGCAAAAUGGACACCGUCCUAAUUAUCCCAACUGUGCAAGUUGUUCCAACACCAUGCUGUGUAAUGGCUAAUGCUUCCGAUGGCCAAUAAACUGACAGUGUCAAAUGUAUUUGUAAAGUCCAAAUCACACAAAAAGAUCAGUAUGCAUAGACGCAAAACAGCGCUUUAGAUGUACAAAAAGUCAAACGCAAUGACUAUUGCAGUAUAAAAAGAGCUGUUUGCUCCACGUGUGAUUGCACAGGAAUGCCAUGUGUCAUACAUCAGUGGUAAUGAGCAUGCCCACUACACCAACAUACUUAAGAGGAACGCCUUAAGUUUUUUCGUUAACAAAGGUGCAGCGAUAAAGUUGGAGGAAUAAAAUUGAAUGUAUGUAAUUUGCAUAAUGAGACAGCUUUAGAAAUAAACAUAAAGAGGCCGGUGCAUGCCAUUUGUGUAGCGUAAAAGACAAUAAACUCCUCUGAGCAUGCCCAGUAAACAGGCUGCAUGCAUAUGUGUCUAGGGAGCAGGGGCGUAACUUCAUACUAGGAGCCUGGAGAUAAGAUAGGUUUUGGUGCCCCCCACCCUCCGCUCGCAUUCAAUACCAAAACCCCGUCCCAGCAGCACCCAGACAUACACAGUCCCCAAGGAUGCAGAGAUUGUAGGGAGUGGGCAAUUGCAUGGGCUUGUUAGAGAGGCCCAGACUGGGUCAUCUGCUAAGGGGUACAUGGUCCUUCUGUGCGGCUGCCUGUGCCCCCUGUACAACUGCGAGGAGGAGGGGACGUUUGGGGGGGAGUGUGCACUCAAGAGGAAGUCUCUCCCCGUAGACACUGGCUGCUGUGGGAGGGGUCCUGCCUCCACAGAUCACAUCCACAUUCACUUCCACACCCCAGCAGCACCCAGACAGGGAGCGGAAGGACUGCAGCACAUGAGCCCUGGGCUCCCUGCUUAUUCCUGCUCUGGGGCGCAUAAAGCAGAAACUGGAGCAAUGGAGGAGGUCAGUGUGUCCCCUUCAGGGCUGGUGCUUGGAGGUGACUGCCCUCCAUUGUCUCCCGGCUAGGGAGGAGUUUGGGAGCCUGAUACCCAGGCUUGCUUUAUCCUGCAGAGCAAUGACGGAUGCCAUGAUGGGCGUUCUAAUGUAGACAGUAAGGGUGUGCUUGAGGAUAUUUGAACAGAGAAUGGUGUCUAUUCAUGAAGCAGGAAGCCUAUGGCAACCAAUCAGCUGCUCUUUACAAUUGUAUAGUAUGCAAAUUAUAAAUGUUACGUCAAUGCUGAUUUGUUGCCAUGGGCAAUCGUUCCACUGGCUGACUUCUCGCACACAGAUGUGUAUAUGUCUGUCCAAGCCAUAUCAUUUGACAGUGCCUGAGGGCAGGUGCAAGUACACAAUGAUGACAACAGUUGCCGGCACUGGCAAACUGCUUGUGAUUGAGUGAUGGUGGUUGUACUGCUGACACUGAUAGGUGCUUUCUUCAUUGCCCGUGCAUAUAUUAUGUUUUUGUAUAUGUGUUUUAGCUUUUUUUUUUUUCUCUGCCCCAUAUAUCAGCUGGAGAGUUGUAUCUGCUGUAUUACAGGGGUGUUUUACAUUUUAUUGAAGCCUAAUAGCUAACGGGGUUGGGUAUGGGAUACUGGCAGUGAGGAUGCCAAAAUCCAGACAGGUGCGAGCAACUAAACUAACCCUAACCCUUCCUUCUGGUAGCCUAACCCUCCCCUCCCACAGCCUAGGAAAUACACAAAGGCACAAAGGUAGUUCUCUAUAUAAGACUAGUAGUGAUCAAUUGCAUCACUAAAUUAUCUAUGAGCUGAUGCUGAAGUGCGCUGUAUUAUUAUUGUCAUAGUGAUUUGUACAUGUUUGUUUCACUUCAGUUUCCUCAAACAAGCAGAGCAAGUUUAAAUAGGGUGGGGGUUAUAUAAACGGAUCUAUAUGACUUGGGGGUCUAUUCAUGAAGCAGUGAAAAGUGUGUAGAAGUGAGC